GAACUACAUUUCCCAGAGCUCCCACGGAGGGAAGCGCCACGGCAAAGUCUGCUCAAAACCGUGGGGCAGCUUCACGGGCAGCUGCUCCUCUGUGUCCCGCGGGAUUUGUGCUUCCAGCUGAGGUCGACGAGGGACUUUUAUAACUUUUCUUAACGCUUCUGGAGAUAGCGCUCCUUCUGCACGGAGCACAGUAAGUGGGGGAAACGUGCGGGAAGUCACAGGCCUGGAUCCACCUCCUGAGGGCUGUGGGACAUAGAUAGGAUUGGCAGGGAAGGCAGGACAGUUUAGGCUAGCCUGAGAUGCAAGUUUGCAAUCUGUCGCCAAGUUCUUAAUAAUCCUUAGUAAAAUCUAGCAUUGUGGUUCCUAUGAAGGAAGGGGUUAAACAUGCAUUGCAUUUCACUGUUCCAGGAACAGUUUAUUCCUUUUCUCCCUCUCCUGGUCACAUCCUGCAUGCCUUCAAGGCUGCCCAUUCUGGAGCAAAGUGCAGAGCCGUUUGCAGACUCCUCCUCGAGUCAACGCUGGCUGCCGUGCUGGAGGUUUUCAACAAGCUGGGCUAUAUGAGAAGUGGGGGUGGAGAGAUCACAGCCACGUAAUCACCGCACCACAAAAUUGUUUCAGACACGGUCUCUGUGACAGUUGCGGUCCUCGCCUGCGCCUGCCGGAUCCGGUAGGCAGCGUGCCAAGUUCCCAUUGCUGCAGCUGCAGAGCGAGCAGGGACGCCGCUCUCCCCAGCGGCUUGGCUCACGGCUCUCCCUAGGGAUUUGCCUUGCUCCGGGCUCCUGGUGAAGACCACCCUCAGCUGACCCGGUGGGAAAGAGGCCUCUGGGGCAGAGAUGUCAGAAGCCGCAAAACAAAGCACCAGCAGUACCUCUCUCCUCCGUGCUGCUGGCUACAGAAACUGGCUGCCCUGAAGGACAGGAGCCUCUGCUUAGGCACCACCCAGCCUGGAGAGCCAUCACUGACCUUCACUGCAAGGCAAGGCUCGCAGGCUCUUCCUUAGCUCUGCAUACGUGUCUCUGUAAAACAAAGCAAACGUAACUUCCUUCCUAAAGGGCUUCAGAAUGGCACAUUCAAACUACUUGUUAAGGACUAUUAAUCAUAGUUCAUUUUUGUUUCAGAAAAAUACCAGCGAUAGCAGUGUUCCUGGUUAUUUUUUCUGACGUCCUGAAGCUGAGUUCAAAUGGCAGUCUGCGAUUGCCUGAGCUGAAAACGCGGCAGAGACAGCUACCCUUAGGUAUUGAUUAUGGCUGUGAUUUAUCAAGCAGCAUAUAGAAGAGCUUCCUCUCUCUUCUGCAGGUUACACUCUACUUAUGUUAGGAAAAUGAGAUACUUAAAUGAGCUAAAAGAAGAUGACAGCUUUUGCAGACAAGCCCAGACCUCAGGAACUUUCUCCCUCUUUCACAAUCUCUCCCCCUUCCUGCAGAAAGCUGGGAGGAAAUAUUUGGUACCACAGCUAAGUGCAACAGAGAUGAAGAGGAUCCUGGAGAAGUUCAGAGAGACUGAACAGUGGAUAGAGAAGUCGGUGCUGAUCGGCUGUUCAGACGAGCACAUACCACACUUUGCCUUGGAUUUAGGAGCCUUGGAGAAAUCAGUCAUCGAGUCUGAACUCGAGGGAUCGUUUACUGACAUACGAAAGGCUCUCUUUGUAGUGGAUGAGAAGGAUUCUCCUUUGCUGGCCUCGGCCCAGGCCCUUCUCCAGUGGCAUGAUUCCCACCAGUAUUGUAGCAAAACUGGGCAGCCCACUCACAAAAACGUAGCUGGCAGCAAGCGUGUCUGUCAUGCCAGUGGAAUAAUUUACUAUCCCCAGAUGUCUCCAGUGGUCAUCACCCUGGUUUCUGAUGGGAGCCGGUGCCUCCUUGCACGACAGCCAUCGUUUCCUCCGGGGAUGUACACUGCUCUGUCAGGCUUCUGUGACCUAGGUGAAACUGUGGAGGAGGCACUCCGACGAGAGGUGGCAGAAGAGGUGGGCCUGGAGGUGGAGUCGUUCCGGUAUUCAGCAUCUCAGCACUGGCCAUUUCCCAGCAGCUGCCUAAUGAUAGCGUGUCAUGCAUUGGUGAGGGCACAGCAGACUGAGAUCAGUAUGAGCAGCCUGGAACUGGAGGCAGCCCGUUGGUUUGGCCUGGAAGAAAUCAUGGAGGUUCUCAAGAGAGACCACGAAUCUUCAAAACAAGAGGAUGGUAGUUUUUUACCCUGGUUCCCUCCCAAGCAGGCCAUUGCUCACCAUCUGAUUCAGGAGUGGGUUAAGCAGCAGACUUCCUGGACAGCUUAGGCACAAUGACUUAAUCAAGUCUGCAAUUUGACCAGAAUUACAAAAACUCAAUACAAAAGAUCCAAAGCUACUGAAGACAAAAUCUGUGUGACAGCGGGGAUGGCACUAGACUGAUGGCUCUCUCACACUAAGAUACGCAGACCUACGAAGCCAUUUCUACCCUGAUCGUCCUCAAUCCCAUCUACAGUGGAUUACCUUUGAGAUCCUCUGGCUUGCAGUGAAUGUACAACAGAAUUCUUAAUCCCAGAGCACCAAGCACGUUGUGACCAGCUGCUCAUGUUGCCCACCAGGCAACAAAACAGUGACCCCUGGCAGCUAUGUCUCACCUUUCUCCAUUUUACUUAUCUGGAGGUCUUGGAUAGAUGUUUGAACCUACAGUUUUUCCAGAAAAAACUACAGGAGUGUAGCCUUUCAGUGUUGGCAUUCAUAUAGAUUUGAAAGAACGAUCAAUACAAACAAACAAACAAAACCCCCGAAAGUCGAAAAGCCACAUUUGGUAUGCUCUCCUUCCUUUCUUCCCCUUCCCAUUAAAUAUUCUAGUUUCAUAUAAAACAUUCUAAUCUCUUGCAAAUGCUGAAUGGGUUCUUACCUUUAUAAUAUAUCUGAACAGCUAAAAACAUCUCUGGAGGCACCACUUUCCCCACCACUAAGACAGAGCUUAAUACUUCCAUCCCAAGAAAGAGAGCACAGAGCUUUCUGGUGGUAGGGAGCAGAAGAGCAAAGCCUACAUAUGAGCAUUUAGAAGAACCCAAAUAAGAGAACGGUGAGAGGAACUGCUACAAGAACGGACUGCGUUUCUGAUGGAGAACGUUCCUGGAAGGCCAACGUCUCUCACCCUGCGCCAACAGUCUGUGGCUUGCCUGGAGAGUUGGUCUUGCUUUACCAAUGAAAUGACAUCACUUCUCUAGAGAGAGAACAACAAAGAGGCAGCCUGGGCAAGGAAAGCCAAGUCACAGAGACAGAUGCCAUCAGUAUAGAUACUUGAAGGGGAAACAUGAAUAUAUCGUUGACUGUUACCAUUAGGAUUCAUCGGAGGAGAAGGACCUUUUGAACAAUGGUAAAAAUUUGGGGUCACAGCAUCCGAGCAGUAAGUAGAAAGAGGGUUUUUUCACACGUCAGGCAUGCUUUGUUUCCUCAGGUUAAUUUUACUUUAGGAGGUGAGGGAGGGGAUUCCUUCAGGCCACAGGGGCGUGUGCAAGCACCUUUCCCACCAUCCCUGACUCUCAGCCAACGAAAGCCAUGUGUUCGAGCAUGCCUUUCAUGUCUAUGAACUAGAUCUAUCAGUCAUCCUGAUAAGAAUGUACUCAGGUACAGACAAGGGCAUUGCUUCCUCCCCUCCAGCCCAGCCAGAUAUACCUCAUGAGCCUACAUACCAUCAAACUUAACUGCAACACUCCUGCAUCCAGUUUUCUUUGAAAUGUGUCUCACUGCCUCACUCUGUGGUAGUUCCUCCUGCUUUCUCUCCCAUUGCGCCAUUUUAAUUCCCUUACGUUUAUUUAUUUAUUUUUUUCUCUUCCUCUCUCAUUUCCGGAAUCUGCCAUUCUCUUGUUUUCAGCUUCAUUCCUUUCUUCCUCUUUUCUGCAGUAGAGGAUUAAAGAGUUAGAUACCAACCAGUAUUCCUGCCUCUCAUGCCCCUUCCCAGUUCUCCUUAUUGCCUUCCCAACUCACCCCUACGUCUUUCGCUAACGUGACCUGAGCAACGUGCUUUCAGUGUUAGGACAUCCACCUCUGUGUACUGCAGUGUUUUUCUCGGAAUAUCCACGCGCAAUCUGCUCCCCCAGUGGCAGAGAGAGGACUAGGAAGUGAAAGGAUCAAAAGGUAGUGCAUGUGAGAAAGGAGGAAUGGCUGUGUGACUUCUGCAGCAAUUUGAGCUUUUGAGAAUUUGAGCUUUUAAGAGUAUGCAAUUCUCUGUUGUUGUUGUUGUUGUUUAAUUUACAGUAAAUAUAUGCAGUGUUUGUCAA